GUUGCGGCGAGCCAGUACGCACGUACUGAUUGCUCGGCUGAUCGGACAGGCUGAACGGACAGAGCUGUGUGUUCCUUCCGCCCGGAGUGUGUCUGUUGAACAGUGAUUACAGUGGUGCAUUCUAGAACGGGAAGCUAUUCUAACAAAGGCGCGCCCCAAAGUGAUCCGCGCGGUGUCUUUACAGCGCAUCCGGCGGGCGGUAUCCGGUCAUUGGAAAGACCUCGCGCGAACUCCAGCUCCAUCAAUCGGCGUUCCCGUUCACGAUCGCUCAGUACAGAAAUGUGCAGUGGAAAGUGCAACUUCUAGGCCGUGUGUCUUUUUUUUUAUUUCUCCGCCAGCGCCAAACAGUGUCGUAAUUGUUCGAUGUAAUGAAACUUACCAUGCAAAACGGGACCUUUAUUCUUGCGAUCCUGCUGGGCGGCUGUGCAAUUGCCGCUGGCAAAACACAGCACGAGCUUGAUAACGAUGAACUGUGGGAUCGCUUGCUGAAACGAAAACUACACGAAACCAAAACAAACGUCCAUGGGGAGGAGGAGGAGCGCCAGGGCGGGUACGCGCUAGAACCGGCAGCACUGCGCGGCGAUCAGUCGCCGCUUCCGGACGACGGCGAAGCGGCUGACGGUGGUGGGCUAAUCAGCGAUAUCAGCUACCACCAUGACAGUGGACAGCUUAUUGAUAGUGCGAUACUGAUGCCGGAUGAACGCGAUCAGUUGCUCACGCUCGGUGGAAGCGCCCCGCCAAAGGUCGAUGGGUACCGGCCGCCCGACACCGUUCCCGAUAGUGGAUGGGCCGAGGAGGCGGCCGAUGACGAAGCGUCUCACGCACCGCUCGAUCCAGACCUCGUCAACAGCAACGAUGACGUAGGUGACGACGAUGGCAGUGGCGACGCUAGGGAUUCGCUCCCGCAGGCUGACGACCCAAUGCUGUUUGAUAAGGAGAUAGUGAGCAUUCUGCGCCGGCGGCCCGAGUCGCGUGAGAUGAUGGAUCUGCUGGGGCUGGGACUCGCGCCCAACGCGCCCAACGACACGGACCCGAACGAUCCGGCCACGAUCAAGGAGCAGCUCAGAAGCAUGCUCACGCAGCCCAUGGAUCGAAGGAAGUACUAUCAACCGCUUCCGGCCAUCGCCGAGGAGGAAGACGACGAGCUGAACCGGAACCGCGUGGCAGCCCCCGCGUCCCUGCUGGCGGAUGGGGGACGCAUGCUGUCGAACGUCCUGCUGCCGGAAUUGAACCGAACGUUGGCCACGCGGCGCGAGUCGCUGCUUCCGCCGAAGGAGGGCCAGCGCAGUUUGGUGAUCGUGUUCGACGCGACCGGCUCCAUGCUGGACGAUCUGCAGCAGCUGCGGGAUGCGGCCCGGCGCAUCAUCGCCGAAAUUACGCAGCGCGACAGCAACCCGAUCUACAACUACGUGUUCGUGCCGUUCCGCGAUCCGCACGUGGGCCCCCGCCUGGUGACACGCAACGUGGACGAGCUGCUGAACGCGCUGGACAGUCUGCAGAUCAUUGGCGGUGGCGACUGUCCCGAGGCCGCCCUGGAGGCGAUUUCCAGUGCGAUCGAAGUCGCGAUGCCCGACUCGUUCGUGUACGUGUUUACCGACGCGACGGCGAAAGACUUCCGGCUCGAUCAGCGCGUGCUGCAGCUGGUGCAGAGGAAGCAAACGCCGAUCACGUUCCUGCUGACCGGGUUUUGCGACGGGAAGGGGACGCCCGGCUACCAGGUGAUGAACAGCAUUGCGGCCGCCAGCAACGGGCAGGUGUUCGAUCUGCGCAAGGACCAGAUCGAGGAAGUGCUGCUCGCGAUACGCACCACGAUGGACGUCGACCACGUGCCGCUGCAGGCGAUCGAUUCGCCGAACGCGCGCGAGCACGCGAUCGCCCUGAACGUGGACAGCACGCUGCGAGAGUUCAGUGUGAGUGUGGCGGGCGUGAAGCCGACGAUCGAAAUCCUCGACCCGCAGCAUGCGCCGUACGGUGGCACGCGGGACGUACUGAACCUCGACAACGUGCGGGUUGUGAACGUGGCCGACCCGGCACCGGGCCGGUGGAACAUUAAGGCCGGCUCCGACUCGUCCCACUCAGUGCGACUGUCCGGGCUGAGCGAGGUACAGUUUCGGUUUGGCUUUGCGCUGCUCGAACCGCAGGACACGGUCAGCCUGUCGCACCAGCCCGUCCUGAAUCGGGCGAACUAUCUCGCGAUCGAGCCGACCGAUGCGCAGCUAAUCUCGCGCCUUGCCUCCGUCACGAUCGCGUCCCACAACGUGGGCGCUCCCGGUGGGGCCAAGUUUAACUUUACGCUUCCGCUGAAGCUGGUGCCCGGGACGGGAGCGCUCUACCGCACCGACGCGUUCGAUGUGCCGCGGCAACAGUUCAAGCUGACGCUGAACGGGGAGAAUGCGAACGGGCAAACGCUUCAGCGGCUGCUUUCGACGGCGAUGCAAGCGAUCGAUCAGACACCGCCAGAAGUGAGCGUUGGGUUUGCGCAGGCGAUGGACCUCCUGGAAGGCGACACGAUUAUGCUCGACUGUCGGAUACAGUCGCCGUUCCCGGCGAUGGCAGCAUGGGUGCAGGGCGACAGCAAGCAGUUGGUGGAAAGGCAAUUUGAACAAUCGAAUAUCCUGUCCCUGCUGCUAUCGAACGUGUCCAUCGCGGAUGCUGGUAACUAUACCUGCUACGCCAAAAACAACAUCGGCGAGGACCGGAAAACGGUUGUGGUUCGAGUGACUUCACUGCAAAAGCCCACCAUGCGUCUGCUUCCCAAGCACACGCUAGCCGUCGAAGGUGAACCCUUCAUUGCGCUGCGAUGCUUCCUCGAGCACCACCACACGGAAGGCGGGGCAGAAGUACACUGGACGCACAACUGGAAGCCCCUGCCGAUGGCAAGUGGACGAUCGUACCUCGAGCUGACGGAUAUUGACAAACAGCACACGGGCAAUUACACCUGCUACGCGGACAUUAACGGGCAGCGAGUGUCCAGCGAGCCGAGCACAGUGGUGGUCGAGUAUGCACCCCGUGUGGCCGUCCCGAGUGUGGCACUGCUGCGUGAGUACGGCACGGAAGUUGAGCUGGAAUGUGCCGUCGAUUCGAUGCCUCUGUCGGACUACCAGUGGUACUAUCAGACGCUCGAUCAAACCGGUGAACCGCAGGUGUACGAAUCGGCCAUCUCCAACACAAACAGGACGAUCCGGUUUCUAAUGACUCCCGCGCAGGAGGGAUUAUAUGUAUGCGAGGCUCGAAAUAGUUACGGUUUUGUUAAGCAAACGUUUGUCCUGGAGGGUGCAGCGAAUGCACCACCGGUCAUCAAGAAGCCCACAGAGUCGACGAUCUACGUAGCGCCCGGCGCCACGAUCACCCUCGACUGCGUCUGCGAGCUGUGCCAGCCGCUGACGGACUACAUCUGGACCAGCCAGCAGGGCACGUUCGAGAGCAGCCCGGAGGAGACGAUCGACAACGUGCGGGUCGUGCUGGACAACGAUCAGUCACGAAACGCCGUCCACUAUCGGCUGACGAUCGACGGCUUCCGGCCGCACAACGUGGCCAGCUAUACGUGCAUCUUUUCCAACCGCCACGGUGCCGAGGCAAUGAUCCUGCAGCUGCACAUGAUGGCACCACCGGUCGUGGACACAAUGCUGCUCGAUGAGCUCAAGAUCGUGCCUGGCAGUCGGCAUCACCGGGAACCGGGCAGUCGCAUCCACUCGCUGAGCUGUGAGGUGGAGGGACUGCCGGAGCCUACCGUACAGUGGCUUCGCAAUGGGGCACUGGUCACCGAAACGGCGCAGAUGCAGUUUGAAAACGAUAACAAAACCAUUCUCUUCCAGCAACCGUUCGGUGAGACGGUGCAGGGUAGCUACGAAUGCAUUGCGAGCAACCCGCUUGGCCGUGUGUCCUCCACCGUGGAGCUUUUGGUGGGAGCAGCACCUGCUGCGUCAUCAUCCGCACAGAAGCUGGUAGCGAAAGUGGGUGAAACGGUGACACUGGAUUGUACGAUCGGUGGCAUACCGCAACCCAGUGUACGGUGGGAACCUGAGGGCAGCUUCAGUGAACAUCCGGACCAAAGUCAGCAAACGCUACAAGUGACGUAUGAAACAGCGGGCUUAUACCGAUGCACUGGAACGAAUGAGUACGGUACGGCGGAGCAAACCUUCACGGUGGAGACGUACGGACCUCCAGAAGUGAAGGGUCCGCUGGAUAUAUCGCUACAGUUCGGUGCCAACCAGGACGUGCUGCUCGAAUGCAACGGAUGGGGCAUUCCCGAACCAACGGUUUACUGGAAAUUUAACGAAACACUGCUUGUGUCAGCUUCCAAUUUGAAGGUGUCCGAGGAGGGACUUCAAAUAGCGAACAUUUCCUACGCCCAAACAGGAGUCUACAGCUGUGUGCUGGAGAACGAGCAUGGAGCGGUGCAAAAGAUCCACUACGUAACCGUACGAGAUGCACCAAAGGUAACUUCUACGCUACCGUCACACGUAACCCUGCUGCCGAAUGAAACGACCCAGUUCGAGUGUUCCGGUACUGGCAGUCCACCUCCAACCGCCGUUUGGCUGUUCAACGGGACGGCCGUGUUGCACGAACCAACGCUUUACCUUGCGCACGGCAAUGCUUCCACCGGCACGUACACCUGCCAGCUGGAAAGCUCCGAAGGCACGGAUCGACACAGCAUGUUCGUCAGUGUUCUACGUCCACCGCAACGACUCAGCGGGAUGAAUCACACCGACAGCCUAACCCCGCUCAAAGUACGCACCGACGAGCCACUGGUGCUGGUCUGUCCGUUCGAAAACUUCAACAGCCUCUUGUGGCAGCUGAACGAACGCGCCCUGGAAGAGCACUUUGAUCUAACAGACGUGAGGCUGAAGGAGAAUCUGCUCAUCAUCGAUCGUAUUCGUGCGCGGCACCAGGGCACCUACACCUGCGUGGUGGCGAAUCGGGCCGGCACCGAGCGACAGUCGUUUGUGGUGGGCGUCCUGACACCACCGACCAUCCACCGGACGCAUCCGGACGAGCUGAGCGAUGAGUAUGGUGGGGCGGUGGACGAUUUGGACAGAUCGUGGAAUCCGGACGGACUUCCGCUUGGCAGUGCGGUGGAGGUGAAUCUACUGUCCGGCGAAACGUUACAGCUGCUCUGUCAGGCAAGCGGUUCGCCCGAACCGUCCAUCCACUGGAACCGGGGCAGUGCGGAUACGGUACAGCUAGUGUCGCAGACGGCCAACCUGACCAUUCCGAACGUGGCGCUGCACCAUAGCGAUCUGUACACGUGCGUGGCCGAGAAUGAGCUGGGCAAAUCGACGCAGGUGUACCGGUUGGACGUGAUGACUGCGCCCCUGUUCUACGACGAACGAGUCCAGUCGAUCGAGGUGUACGUCGGCGAGGAUCUGCAGCUAGAUUGUGAGAUGCAAUCGAAUCCAUCCGCUUCCUACCAGUGGUUGAAAGAGGAUGUGGCCCUCGAGGAGUUCGACACGGUGCUGGAGUUCGUCAACAUCCAACCCCAGGACACGGGAACGUACCACUGUGAGGUGGAAAACAUUUUUGGCCAGAACAAGAAAUCCUUCAAAGUGCUUGUCUAUCAACCUGCACAAAUAACGCUCUUCGCGCCCAAUCAAUCGCUGCUCGCGGGCAGCAGCAUCGAGUUGGACUGUGAAGCGAUCGGCAAUCCCAUCCCCGUCCUGAGCAUCAUCCAUCGGGGCGAGGUGCUCGCCUCGACCGCCGAUCUCGACGCACCAUCGAUGGAGCUCGAUCGACAGUAUCGCGUGAAGAACAGUUUCUACAAAAGCCUCCAGCUGUACAGCUUCCACGCGGUACGCAGCGCACCGUUUGAAAUUCGGUUCUCCCUACGCCAACCGAAAGCGACACUGCUCGACCGGGGCAAGUACCUGUGCCUGGCGCAGAAUGCGAUCGGGUUCGACGAGCGCGUUGCCCGGCUAGACGUGACCGUCCCACCGUACGUGCAGGUCGAGCGGCUGAAAUCGUUCGACACGACCAUUCGCCUGCUGGAAGGGCUGCCACUGUUUCUGUUCUGUCCGAUCGAGGGUACACCGAAGCCGGCGAUCGGCUGGUAUCGCAACGGUAAUCGGUUGAAGCAUGGGGCCAGCACCCUGUUCCUGCCCGCCGUACAGCUGCGGGACGCCGGUACGUACCUGUGCUACGGCGAGAACGCCGUCGGCAAGACGGAACUGCUGUUCGAGCUGGAAGUGCUGGUGCCGCCCUCGAUCAUCAACAGUGUGCUGUACGGGGAGAGCAACCUGUCCGCGGAUCAGCCGGACCAGGAGGAACUGUCGCUGCUGGCGGGCGAGAACGUAACGCUGGACUGCACGAGCCUCGGCCAUCCGGUGCCGGCGGUGCACUGGAUGCAGGUGGACUAUCUGGACGAGCGGGCCAACGUGAUGCUGGCGACGCGCGAACCAAUCGUCGAGCUGUACGACGUGCGUGCCACCGUGACGUACUCGUGCUUCGUGAACAAUACGGCCGGUUCGGCCCAGAAGCUGUUCCAUCUGGUGGUGCAGGCGGCACCGACGUGGAAGGCGGCUGGAUACGAGUACGAGCAGCGCGUCUCGCUUCACCACAGCUUGGAUUUGACGUGUGAAACGAACGGUUCGCCGGAAGCGUCCGUCACUUGGGUGAAGGAUGGCCAGCAGCUGGGCAAACAUGACGAGGGUUUGUUCUUCGGGGUUAAUGGGCAAACGUUGCGGCUGCUGGCGGCGAAGCUGACGGACGCCGGGACCUAUCAGUGUGUGGCGAGCAAUGCGCUCGGACAGAUCAGCCGCGAGUUCCAUGUGACGAUCGAUGUUCCCGUAAGCUGGUCGCCCUGGGGUGCCUGGUCGGCGUGCAGCGCUACCUGUGGCAGCGGCACCCAGUUCCGGUCCCGCAUCUGCCUGCUGGUGAACGGGUCGCCUGCCCACGGCGAACGGUUCAACUGUGUCGGCGAGAACGUGGAGCUGAAGGCGUGCGAGCUGCUGCCCUGCCCGGUGAACGGUGGCUGGGGCGAGUGGACCGGCUGGAGCAACUGUUCGCUGUCCUGUGUGUCCGAGUUCAGUGGUGUCCGGUCGAUACGCCAUCGUAGCCGUGCCUGCGACAAACCCGCACCCUCGCUCGGCGGCAAGCAGUGCGUCGGCGAAGCGUACGAAGAGGAACCGUGCCACGUCAAGUACUGCCCGAUCGACGGUGGCUGGACGGCUUGGUCCAGCUGGACCGUCUGCAGCGAACCGUGCGGAUUCGGGCGUAGCUUGCGCAUGCGCAGCUGCUCCAAUCCGGUCCCGCGCCACGGUGGGCUUCCCUGCGACGGGGCGGAAAGUGAGGUGAAAGCGUGCAAGGUGCAGGAAUGCCACGUGGACGGUGGCUGGUCCGAAUGGGAGCGCUGGUCGCCGUGCAACAAAACGUGCGGCAAGGGCAUCAAGAAGCGCAGGCGGUACUGCAACAACCCGGAACCGAAGGCGGGCGGAAAGCCGUGCGUCGGCCAGAACGUUGAGAUCGCCCAGUGCAGCACCAAGCAGUGCCGGAACGAUGCGCUGCUGCGCACGAGGAAUACGAAGAGAAAACUGACGCCCCUGCUGACGUACGAUACAAACCGGGCGCCGCAACCGUACGGUGGUCCGUACGGUGGUCAAUCGAACGAUUACGAGCCCGAGUACGAGUACGAGGACGAAGAGCUGCCGGAGCAGGACUUUAAGGUGGUGCCGAGCCUGCAGUUCGCCGAGGCGCGCCCGGUCGAGUACGUGGACCAGCCGGAGGAGCUGCCCGCCACGCUCAGCAUCACGGUGUCGAUGGUGAACUCGGUACGGCUGUCGAACGAUACGACCGACUUUAAGCUCAACUUUGGCCAGCCGGCAUCCACCACCACCACCAUCAUCGACUGCACGGACGGGUUCGCGUACAACGCCACGCACGGUGGCUGCACCGAUGUGGACGAGUGUCUCGAAGGGCUGUGCGGUGGCCGUGGCCAGCGCUGCCUGAACACGGUUGGCAGCUACGAGUGCGACUGCCACGCCGGCUACCGGGCGGUGCUGUACGAAAUGGCGGACCAGCACGACGGUACCAUCCUGCAGGACGUGCAGUGCGUCGACAUUAACGAGUGUCGCGAGUCGGUGCACGAAUGUUCGCACUUUUGUCGCAACACGGUGGGCAGCUACGAAUGCUACUGCCCCGAGCGGUAUCUCCUGGCCAGCGAUGGCAAAACGUGCACCAUCAAGCGGAAGCGAAACGAACCGUCGGCCCGUGCGUUGGUGAUGCCCCGCUGCCCGGAUGGGUACCGAUGGGACGGAGACGCCGGCCGCUGCCAGGACGUGGACGAGUGCGCCCUGCAGGCGGACGAGUGUGGGGAAAGCUUCUCCUGCAUCAACACGCGCGGUGGGUUUAUCUGCGUGCACACCGACUGUCCGCCCGAGUACGAGCUGGGCGGGGGCGAGGAGAGCUGCCUGCUCAACUGUACGCACCACGGGGGCGGUCGGACGGGCUGCCGGGAUGGGGCCACCGUUGGGCAGACGAUUUCGCAUCUCAUCAUCACGCUCGAUCGGCACAGCGCGCGACAGUCGCUGGCCGUCGUUUCGGUACCGGUCGCCCACCAGGCGUACGGGUACGAGACACGCUUCGCUUUGCGCGACCGCCGGUACGCGCACGUGUUCGCGCUGGAAACGAUGCGCAAAACGACGGGCGCGGUGCGGCUGUACGCGAACGGGAAGCUAAAGCGUGGCACACUGUACAAGCUGAACCUGGUGGCCAGAACGACCCGGUGGCGACGGUUAGAGUUUGUGCAUCAUUUUGUCGUGUACGUGUACUGGUUUGAUUGAGGGCGGCGCCACACAGCGCGACAGAGCAUUAAUUUAAACUCAUUAUCAUUUCUGUGUUUUUUAAGAAGCACCUAUUAGUUUAGCAUUGUAGAGGUAGAACACUUCCGAAAAGAGGGUUAGAACAGUGGUAAAAAAGCGGAAAAAUCCAAGGUGUAUUGCAGGGGCCACAUCUUGCCUUUUUAAUAAACUUAACGAACCUUUUUAAUGUCGAAAUAACGCAACUAAUAAGAAAAAAGUAGCAACAAUCACUGUUUUAGCAUAUGAAAUGUAUUUUAGGAUCCGUUUCCGUUUCACAGUGCAAAUCAACUGGAUAAUAAAACUGGUCAGACUACACUAACCCCUUA